AUCCCAUCUAAACUCGCUUGAGCUUGAUAUGCCACAGAUCAAGGCUUAGAAGAGAUAGCUAAUUACUCUACGCUAAUUAAUCCAGCAGCUUAGCUUAGCAUAGCUUAUCUAUGGUUUGCCACGUCUUCUCGUCCUUCUCCUCCUCCCUAAUUCGUGUGCUGGAGGCGCCGCUGCUCCUUCCAGCUGCUUCGGCUUCUUCUUCUUCUUCUUCUUCUCCGGCGAGCCGGAGCGGUGGCCGCCGCCGCCGUGCAGCCCACGUCCGCCCUUCGCCGGCGAUCUAUCCCGGCCGCCAAGAACUUGCCUCUCACUCAUCCAUGCUACCCACCGACUUCGACAUCAAGGUGUUGAUUGAGCGGCACGAAGCCCUGACGGACGACGUGCAGGAGAUGCUGCAGCAUCAACGCCGGCGACACCAGAAGACGGCGAGCGGCGGCCGGGAGCGGAUAGCCACCGUCGACCACCUCAGGCGCCUCUGCAUGGACCACUACUUCCAAGACGAGGUCGACGACGCCAUGGACGCCUGCCUGCUCGAGGAGCUCGCCCAUGGCGGCGACCUGCUUGACGCCACCCUCGCCUUCCGCCUCAUGAGAGAAGCUGGCCACCAUGUCUCAGCAGAUGAGGUUCUUGGAAGAUUCACAGAUGAUAAUGGCGAAUUCAGGCUCGAUUACAGAAAGGACAUCAGAGGGUUACUCAGCCUGCAAGACAUAUCACACAUGAACAUUGGACAAGAAGCCUCACUCUGCAAGGCAAAGGAGUUCUCAACCAGGAACCUUGAAUCUGCCAUCAACUACCUCGAGCCAAAUCUUGCAAGAUAUGUGAGGCAGUCGCUGGAUCAUCCCUACCAUGUCAGCCUGAAUCAGUACAAGGCCAGGCACCAUCUCAGCUACCUCCAGACCUUGCCUAUCCGGUGCACUGCCAUGGAGGAGCUCGCACUUGCAGACUUCCAGCUCAACAAGCUACUCCAUCAGAUGGAGAUGCAGGAGAUCAAAAGAUGGUGGAUGGACCUGGGAUUGGCUCAAGAAAUACCAGUUGCCAGGGACCAGGUUCAGAAAUGGUUUGUGUGGAUGAUGACAGCCAUCCAGGGUGCCUCCUUGUCAAGAUGCAGAAUUGAACUCACAAAGAUCGUCUCCUUUGUCUAUAUUGUGGAUGAUAUUUUUGAUCUGGUUGGCACACGUGAGGAGCUCUCCUGCUUCACUCAGGCAAUCAGAAUGUGGGACCUUGCAGCUGCUGAUUCCUUACCUAGCUGCAUGAGAUCAUGCUUCAGGGCUCUACACACAGUUACAAAUGACAUCGCAGAUAUGGUCGAGAGAGAACAUGGAGUAAACCCUAUCAAUCAUCUGAAGAAAGCUUGGGCAAUGCUGUUUGAUGGAUUCAUGACAGAGACAAAAUGGUUGUCUGCUGGCCAGGUUCCUGACUCAGAGGAAUACCUAAGAAAUGGAGUUGUCACCUCAGGAGUGCCACUUGUAUUUGUACACCUGCUGUUCAUGCUAGGGCAUGAUGUGAGCCAAAAUGCAGCAGAGUUUGUUGAUCACAUCCCUCCUGUCAUCUCCUGCCCAGCAAAAAUCUUGAGACUCUGGGAUGACCUGGGCAGUGCCAAGGAUGAGGCACAAGAAGGAUUGGACGGAUCGUACAAGGAGCUAUACCUCAAGGAGAACCCGGGGCUCGCCGCUGGCGAGGCGGAGGAGCACGUGCGGCGGCUGAUCGCGGGCGAGUGGGAGGAGCUCAACCGGGAGUGCUUCUCCGCUAGCCCCAGUAGAUCGUCGCCGGCGACGACCUUCCCCGCCGGCUUCACGCAGGCGGCGCUCAACGCCGCCAGGAUGGUCGGCGUCAUGUAUGGCUACGACGGCGAGCGGCGGCUCCCCGUCCUCGACGACUACGUCAGGAUGCUGCUCUUCUGAAUUCGAUCGAUUGAUUCGACCUGAAUUUUAAUUUCAUCCAUGUAUGAACCUCAUCAUCGUCCAUGCAUAAUGGCGUGUAGAGAUUAAUUGUGGAUUAGGUCUUUGUAAAUAGGAUUAUAGUUAGUUGAGUGAGGGAGAUAGUACUGGUCGAUUUUGUAGUAAAUAAAUAUGAUGAAUUUUUACUCCCUCCAUUAUACAUAUUAUAAGGUGUUUUAGUUUUUUUUUCCUAUGAUAAACUAAUUUCAAAUUGAA